AUGGGUUCCUCGCGGGGUCUGUUUGAAGAAGAAGAGACCAACAACCGUUUGGCAGACAAUAACAACAUUGGGUUCGGCCCAAUUGGGUCGUCAACGCCAACGUCCGCCCAAGAAUCGAAAGACUCAGAGCCAUCCACUACAAACAUGUCAACAUUUGAUAUCAAAAUUCAGCCGGCGGUAGCAUAUAAUCCCAGGGGUGAUUACAAAGACCGCGUCUUCCCGGCCAUAGCCCGAUGGGUGCAGUUUAAUUGGACCAGUACCAGUAGUAUCGAUAGGAUCAGUUCCUUGAGUGCCGUCUGGGAAUGCGUCGACGAAGGCAUGAUGAAUCGAACAAUUAGUUUCGCGAAAUAUGACCCAUACAACCUCACGGAGUUGCGUCCGAGUGGAACAAACCUUUUCCUUUCUGGUGAAUUAUUAGAACAAAAGAUGUUCUUUGCCUCCAACUUCCGGCUCAUGAUCCCUUCGAAACGGAUCGCGUCUAUCGGCGGGAAGAAGACAGAAUGGGACGGUAAAGAUAUGCGCAUCGUUUUCACCUGGAACCUGGACGAUCGCUCAGGUUUCACUAGCAGUGGUUUAUUCACAAUCACUGAUAGCGAAAUCGAGUCGGCUGAGUGGAAUCAGACGAUUAACAAAAUUGGAUCGAAGCCAAACGAGAGUUCCGACAUCGACAUGAAUUCGGCAGGGGGCCCAAGCUCACCCGGUGAUGCGAUAUCGACGUCGACUGGUGCGACUUCUACUGGGCCUACUGUUGGAGCAACAGGGGCCGUUUCGAUACCUGCAAGCGGGUCAGCCUCCCGUAACGGCGGCCUUGGGACUCCCGCCAUUGUCGGUAUCGUUAUUGGUGUACUGCUUGGCGUCGCCAUUUUUGGUGGCCUGAUUUGGUUCUUCCUCCGCCGUCGCCGGCGAGCUGCCCAUUCUCCAGACGGCACUUACGACUCUGGAAAUAGUCCACUUGAAUACAUUGGCGACAAGGAGACGCAUGCUCGUGUGACUGAGUCACCGCACUCUCCGUACUCGGACGACGGCCAGCAGCAACGACACCUUAACAUACACGGUCAGGAAAUGGAUCUCCCUGUCUCGACUGCCAGCCCUACCGAGGGCCAUGCCUUUGUUUCUUACGCCGAACAAGACCACACGCCUAAUGCCUCGCGUUCAGUAGAGAAUCUUGACCGAGAUGGACCUCGCUCAUCAAACCCCAACUUGAAUUCCAAUGUCUCACAUCUUAUCGAAGAUGGCAUGACUGAGGAUGAGAUCCGCCGGCUGGAAGAGGAAGAGCGGGCGCUGGAUGCAGCAAUUGAGCAGGCUGGCCAAGGCCAGGGGCAGCGCCGGUAG